CUGCCUGGGCGGGCUGGGAGGCGCGGGUUGAAAAGUCUCGUUCCAAGUUUGGAGCGAGACAGAAGAGCGCUUCAGACCUCGGUACCCGGGGACGGGGAAGAGGCAGCCUAGGCGGAGGCAGCGUCCGGGGGACCAUCCGGACCGUCGGCCGGGGCUCGGCUUCGACGGGCUCGCCGUGUGUGUGACGUGCCUGAGGAAAGGCACGGGCGCCUGCGGUUGGGGAGCUCUUGGCGAACGGAGGGCGUCCGAGGCGGCGGCGAGGGGCGAGCGACCCGACGCAAGAUGGCGAGUAAAGAGAUGUUUGAAGACACCGUGGAGGAGCGUGUCAUCAAUGAAGAAUAUAAAAUCUGGAAGAAGAAUACACCGUUUCUGUAUGACCUGGUUAUGACCCAUGCUCUUCAGUGGCCGAGUCUUACCGUUCAGUGGCUUCCUGAAGUGACUAAACCGGAAGGAAAGGAUUAUGCCCUCCACUGGCUAGUGCUGGGAACCCAUACUUCCGAUGAGCAGAAUCAUCUUGUGGUUGCUCGAGUCCAUAUUCCGAAUGAUGAUGCGCAGUUUGAUGCUUCCCACUGCGAGAGUGACAAGGGGGAAUUUGGUGGCUUUGGUUCUGUGACAGGAAAAAUUGAAUGUGAAAUUAAAAUCAACCACGAAGGAGAAGUAAACCGUGCUCGUUACAUGCCACAGAACCCUCAUAUCAUUGCAACAAAAACCCCAUCUUCGGAUGUGCUGGUUUUUGAUUAUACGAAGCACCCUGCUAAACCAGAUCCAAGUGGAGAAUGCAAUCCUGAUCUCCGUCUGAGAGGUCACCAGAAGGAAGGCUAUGGCCUUUCCUGGAAUUCUAAUUUGAGUGGACAUCUUCUGAGUGCAUCUGAUGACCAUACCGUCUGUCUGUGGGAUAUAAAUGCAGGACCAAAGGAAGGCAAGAUUGUGGAUGCUAAAGCCAUCUUCACUGGCCACUCGGCUGUGGUGGAGGACGUGGCCUGGCACCUGCUGCACGAGUCCUUGUUUGGAUCUGUUGCUGAUGAUCAGAAGCUGAUGAUAUGGGACACCAGAUCCAACACCACCUCCAAGCCCAGCCACCUGGUGGACGCGCACACCGCCGAGGUCAAUUGCCUGUCGUUCAAUCCCUACAGCGAGUUCAUUCUUGCCACUGGCUCUGCAGAUAAGACUGUAGCUUUAUGGGAUCUGCGCAACUUAAAAUUGAAGCUCCAUACCUUUGAGUCUCAUAAAGAUGAAAUCUUCCAGGUCCACUGGUCUCCACAUAAUGAAACUAUCCUGGCAUCAAGUGGUACUGAUCGCCGCCUGAAUGUGUGGGAUUUAAGCAAAAUCGGAGAAGAGCAGUCUGCGGAAGACGCCGAGGACGGGCCUCCAGAACUGCUGUUCAUUCAUGGAGGGCAUACCGCCAAGAUCUCCGAUUUCAGCUGGAACCCCAAUGAGCCUUGGGUCAUUUGCUCAGUGUCUGAGGAUAACAUCAUGCAGAUAUGGCAAAUGGCCGAAAACAUUUACAACGAUGAAGAGUCGGAUGUCACAACAUCGGAACUGGAGGGGCAAGGAUCUUAAACCCAAAGUACGAGAAGUGUUUCUGUUGAAUGUACUGCUCCGUGAAUGCUUGGUUUAUCAAGCACCCAAAUGCAUUUGUAUAGUAGGAAAUGUAAGUGGGAUGGCAAAAGGCAUUCUUUUAUCUUCUGAUUCUAGCACUUUCAAGUGAGCUGUUGCGUUCUGUAUCAUAUUGUAGCUUUUAGGAAAGAAAGGAAUGUUGCUUACAAGGGGUCAUCUGGUUGGUUGUUUUAAACUACAAGUUAGCAGGGUACUGCCUUUGAUUCAAGUAUUUUAAGUCUUUGUUUUCUCAAACUAAGUGCUUGCUGUUCCCAAAUACGCAAGAAUAACUUUUACACUCCCUUCCCCCUCCACUUGAUUCCCCCUCCCUCUCCCCUCCUCCCCCCCACUUGUUGAUUGGCUUUGCAGAAAUAAAGUUUUAAAAUAUAAA